ACACCAAACACUCUCCCAAUUCCUUUCUUCAUCUGCAUUCUUCAUCUCUUCUUUGACUUCUCGUUCCCCCCAUUUCCUCCUCCUCGCUCGCAUAAGUAACUUCGAAAUGGAUUUUUUCUUCAGAGGCCCAAGUGACGAUUCUGCGCCUUCUCACAUGGACAUUCUUAGGUGUCCAUUUUUGAGAAACAUCAAUGAACCAACCAACUUUUCUUUCUCCUCGGCCAUGCCUUUCCCCAUGCCGGUUCGAACAGCUAAAGGCCCAAUUUUCGAAGAUGGGCCCAAUUUUGAUAUGGCAUUCAGGCUUUUCCAUGGACGUGAUGGAGUUGUCCCAUUGUCUGAGGGAUCUUUCCCAUGGAUUGAGAAAGUAGAGCCUAAGCCUGCCUCACCACAGUUUAAUCCUUUGGUUGCAAAGGCAGCUACUAUUAGUCUCUCGUCCUUUGGACUUGGAGGACCCUUUGGCUUUGAUGCAUUUUCUAAUAUGUGGAAGAAUCAAAAAGGAAAAUCAAAAUCAUCCAAGGACUCUUCUUCAAAGGGAGGAAAGUCUAACCAUAAGGCAUUGAGCAAUGAAUGGCUGCAAAGUGGGAAUUGCCCAAUUGCAAAGUCAUAUAGAGCAGUCAGCAAUGUUCUGCCACUCGUUGCAAAGGUUUUCCAACCUCCUCCAGGAAUGCAACUUAGGUGCCCACCAGCAAUUGUUGCUGCACGAGCAGCACUGGCACGAACUGCUUUUGCAAAGAACCUUCGUCCUCAGCCCUUGCCUGCAAAAGUACUUGUGAUUGGGUUGUUAGGCAUGGCAGCAAAUGUUCCUUUAGGAAUAUGGAGAGAACAUACUGAAAAAUUUUCACCGUCUUGGUUUGCGGCUGUCCAUGCAGCAGUUCCAUUCAUAGCCAUUCUUAGGAAGUCUGUUUUGAUGCCUAAAACAGCCAUGGCCUUCACCAUUGCAGCCUCUAUACUGGGACAGGUCAUUGGCUCUAGGGCAGAGCGAUAUCGGCUCAAGGCAGUGACAGCAAAAAAGUCAUCUCUUGAGGAAGCCUCUGCAGGUGAUUCAAGUCAUUUACAAGUUGUUGCGGUUAAAGGUGGUCGCUGCGGCCAACACGUGGAAUGGGAACCAGUUCCUCUUCAGUUGGCCGUGCCGGUGCCACCCUCAACUACAGAUGUAUUAUGCUGAUUUCUUUCUCCCCAUAUCUUGUCAUUAAAUAUCUUAUGGCUAUUGUAAUAGCGUAUGUCAAGAGCUUGUUUGUUCCAUGUUUCCCACGUUAUACAUUCUGGGUCUAGUCACCAAGUACUCCGCUAGACAUGUUCACGGCAAUUGAUUGACAAUAAAGAUACAGAAUAUGGAUUAUA